AUGAAUCGUCCUCUCUUCUUCUCCUUCUAUGUGAUUAUUGCCUUGUUUCCAUGGCCAAGAGACGUGGUGAAUGCUCUGAAUGCCACCACUGGAACCAGCAGCAAUGCUACUACUAGUAGUGACAGCUCCAGUCGACAGUACUAUUAUGAUCCGACCGCCAAUGACGAACUAUGGCCGGGAGCCUUUCCCACUCCCGUCAAUUCCACCCAUGUCAUUACCCUGAAUAUUCGCACUGAUCAAUUUCCAGAGGAAACUGUUUGGCAUUGGAGUCAGCGGACAGGACCGGCUACCUUUCAAUUGGUAGAGUCGGGGACACCCGAUGAAGGCAACGCUCUGUUUAGCUACGAGCAGCAAGUCGAGAGUGACACCAUUUAUCAUUUAAAGGUACAAGA